AUGUCUUCUCCUCCUCAGGAAACUCCUUCAAACUCCUCCGCCUCAAAACUAGGAUCUAGCCCUAACCCUAACCCUAACCCUGAAAUCCAACCACCAUUAACAUUCGCUAAAAAAUCUCAAGUAACUUUAAAAAGGCUGCUGGAUAGACAGUCGCCGAUCUCUCCGUUUGGAGUAGAGCUUAAUGGCUGUGAGGAUUUAGACCUUAAAAGGUGUGCCAAUGGCAGCUGCAGUGGUGUCAAAUCGUUUUUUUAUUCGUUUCCGGCUGGUUUUCGUUUCCAUCGUACUGAUGCUGAGCUUAUUGUUUAUUACUUGAGGAAGAAGGUGAUGAACGAGGCCUUGCCUCUUAACAUGAUCAUUGAGAUUGAAUUAAGCCAUCACAAUCCUGAGACCAUUGCCGAGAUGUACAAGGGAACUGGACUGAAGAAAUUUUACUUCUUUACACCAAGAUAUAAGAAAUAUCCAAAAGGGAAUCGACCAAAGCGAUCCGCCGGUGAUGGAUACUGGAAAGCUACUGGAUCUGACAAACCAAUAGUUUUUAACGGCAAAGUGGUAGGGUUCAAGAAAUCAUUGGUUUUUUACGAAGGAAAACCUCCUAGAGGUCGAAAGACGAACUGGAUUAUGCAUGAAUUUAGAGUUGAAGAUGCACCUCCGAGUAAAACAAGUUCAAAUUCCGAGAAGUUGGAUGAUUGGUGUUUGUGUAGAAUUUACAACAAGGUUGAUAAUAAAUCCCGAAAAAUAUUUCUGGAUAGCAAAGUGAAUUCUAUAUUAGAAUCCUUUAUUAAUGUGGAUUGUGACAAUGGAGUGAAUGAUUCUAUGGAGUCCGAUAAUGCAUCUGAUGAUUAUAUGCAUCAGAUUCCGCAGAAUCCGUUUAUUGAAAUUUCUCAAUUUGGUGAGAUUCAGGCUAGUAUCAAUGCAGAAUAUCAAGCAUUGACUUCUAGCUUGGGGAUGGACGAUGCAUUUUCUACUAAUUUUGAAGAUUGGGAAGACAUAAUUUGCAGACAUUGGCAUAAUUCUAAUCUUCAAUUGGAGCAGAACGUCAACCAUCAGAUUGUAACCUCUGAGAAUUCUGAGAAUAAUAAUGUCCCUGAUGAUGCCUCUCCCAUGGAUUAA